AUGACGCAGUCUCCCAUGAUAGCCGCGCCGCCCAAGGCAACCAAUGAGAUUGACUGGGUUUCGCCGUUGAAGACCUACAUCCGCGAUACGUACGGCGAUGACCCCGAGCGAUAUGCUGAGGAGUGCGUGACGCUCAACCGCCUGAGGCAGGACAUGCGAGGCGCGGGGAAAGAGAGCACCACUGGGAGGGAUAUGCUCUAUCGCUACUAUGGACAGCUGGAGCUGCUGGACCUGCGGUUCCCUGUGGACGAGCAGCAUAUCAAGAUUUCAUUCACUUGGUUCGAUGCAUUCACCCACAAGCCUACGACACAAUAUUCCCUCGCAUUCGAAAAGGCCUCCGUCAUCUUCAAUAUUUCCGCUGUUCUUUCCGGCCACGCUGCUAUUCAGAAUCGAGAAGACGACUCUGCGCUGAAAGUGGCCUACCACUCGUUCCAAGCGUCAGCAGGCAUGUUCACUUACAUCAAUGAGAAUUUUCUGCACGCUCCUUCAUUUGACCUAAGCCGAGAGACGGUCAAAUGUUUGAUACAUGUCAUGCUUGCUCAGGCACAGGAGAUCUUCUUGGAGAAGCAGAUCAAGGACCAGAAGAAACCGGGGUUGUUGGCCAAGUUGGCAUCGCAGUCUGGGUAUCUCUAUGGUCAGGCCAUUGAGGGCGUGCAGGAGAAUGUCACAAAGGCCAUAUUUGAGAAAGUCUGGUUGACAAUGGUUCAGAUCAAGGCCAAUCUGCUCAACUCCAUGGCGGAAUAUUUCCAGGCAGUGACCGACGAUGACGCCGGCCAACAUGGCGUGGCGCUAUCUCGACUUCAGGUCGCAGACAGCCUCGCCAAGGAAGCCGACAGAUUAGCGAAAAACUUCCCCAGUACCGUGCCGUCCAAUGCCAAUCUUGGCGCUGACUGCAGCACGCAUCUCCAAGAACUAACAAAGCGACAGUGCUCCACGGUUCAGGAGCGGCUGCGAGAGGCCAUCAAGGAUAACGAUUACAUCUACCACCAGACAAUACCCGCCGAGGCUAGUCUACCCCAGAUUGCCAAGCUGCCAGCUGCAAAGCCCAUCCCCGUCAGCGAGCUCUACGCUGGUCAGGAUAUCCAGCGCAUCACCGGACCCGAUCUGUUCUCCAAGAUUGUCCCCAUGGCCGUUACAGAGUCUGCCAGUUUGUACGAUGAAGAGAAGGCCAAGCUGGUGAGAGCCGAGACGGAAAAAGUAGACACUGCAAACGGAGAAAUGGCAGCAAGUCUGGAUUAUCUACGACUUCCUGGGGCAUUGCAGGUAUUGAAAGGUGGCUUCGAUCAGGAUAUUCUCCCCGACGAAGACUUCCGGCAGUGGUGUGAAGAUGUUGCCAAUCAUGAGAAUCCAGUGAGCAUCUUUGACUUUCUGCGGAGUGAGAAGGAAUCCGUUGUGUCUAUUCUGGACAAGAGCUCCAAGCAGCUGGACAUGGAGGAGAGUGUGUGCGAGAAGAUGCGGUCCAAGUACGAAAACGAGUGGAGUCAACAACCGAGUGCACGCCUUACAACGACGCUGCGAGGUGAUAUUCGCAACUACCGAGAGGCUCUGGAGGAAGCCAGCCGGAGUGAUAGUCAGUUAGCAGCAAAGUUACGCCAAAACGAAGCGUGGUUUGACGAGAUGCGAAACGCCGUGGCCAACGGGCAGGUCGACCAGCUCUUCUCCAAAGCGGUCUCGCAGGCCAAAGCUAGAGGGAGCAACGCUGUCAGUCCGUCCGGAAACGAACCAAACCUACUUGAUGCGGACUUUGAUGAAUCUGGGCCGACAGUCGUGGAGCAGAUAGCAAGAGUCGAGGAAAUCCUUAAGAAGCUCAAUUUGAUCAAGAGAGAGCGGAACCAAGUGCUCAAGGAUCUAAAGGACAAGAUCCAUAACGACGACAUCUCACAAGUCCUCAUCCUUAACAAAAAGACAAUAGCAAAUUAUGAGCAGCAGCUUUUUCAGCAGGAACUGGAAAAGUUUCGGCCUCACCAGAAUCGCUUACUCCAGGCAAAUCACAAGCAGUCCGCCCUGAUGAAGGAACUCACUGCUACCUUUAACACUUUGCUGCAAGACAAGCGCGUGCGAGCCGAGCAGAGCAAGUACGAGUUGAUCCAGCGACAGCGGUUAUCAGCCAUUGGCAAGUAUAAGCGCGCCUAUCAGGAGUUCUUGGAUCUGGAAGCAGGCUUGCAGAGCGCCAAAAACUGGUACUCUGAGAUGAGGCAAACGGUAGAAAGCCUUGAGAAGAAUGUGGAUACUUUCGUAAACAACCGGAGAUCAGAAGGCGCACAGCUACUCAAUCAGAUCGAACAGGAGCGAUCAUCCAACAAAAGUCAGCAAGCAGAACUAGAACGAGAGCGCCUACGUGGCCUUAUGGAGCGCAUGUCAGUUGAGCCUGGACAGGCGUCGCAAGCAGGGCCAGCAGUGCCAGCAAGGCCGCCUUCACAAAGACCAACGCCUGCGCCUCUGAUGCAGCAGCAGCAAGGCCAGGCUACUCAAUACGCCCAGAGAAGCAAUAGCAACAGUUAUCAGGGACAGUUUCAGCUACCGACAUCCCCACCACCCAAUCAGCAAAGCUUUCCCGGUUACACCAGCCCUCCUCCUCAGAGUACGUUUUCGCAACCCGUAUACAACCCAAGCACGUAUGGCAGAAAUCCCGGCCCGACGUCGCCUCCUCCCAAUCAAACAUCCUUCAAUCUGAAUGCCAUGAGAGGUCCUCAAUCACCUCCUCCAACACAAACAUCAUUCGGACAGCACCAGACCUACAAUACCUACGGCGCGUUACCUUCACAGCCUCAGCAGCAGCAACCGCAACAGCAGCAGCAGCUCCCCCAAGUGGGUUACGUACCUCCUGGCUUUGUUCCGCCGCCGCCUCCUCCAGGCCCUCCCCCAUUGGGCCCUCAACAGACUAUCCACUUUGGUCAACAAGAUUAUGAUCAUUCAUCUGGCCAUCCUCAGAGCGCACAGCCCCGGUCAGCCCAACAGCAACAGGCACAUGAUCCAUGGGCUGGAUUGAAUGCAUGGAAAUAG